AUGCGUUCUGGAACUAAGUUUAUUGAUAAAGAUCCGCUUAGUGUUUUUCUCAGACCUUCAACGAGUUUCACCGAGUUUCAAAAUACUAUAAUCCAAAAACUGGGGUUGCAAGGCCAACCAAAAUUUACAAGUUCUGUUCCAUUGUCGUUGCUGUUGGCCAAACUUGUGGAUGUGGUCUCUAGUUCAAGAGGUUCUAACCGGAAUCCUCAGCCUUCAGCCACGGCAGCCUGCUCUAGUUCGAGGCAUGUUAGUGCCUCUUUGUCUCUGUCCGUGAUUCAGCCUGAGGCAGCUUUGGUUGCCUCCCCAUCCUUCGCUGCUGAUCUAAAUCGCACUCGUGACAGAAAAGUGGAUAACAUUGGACUCUUCGAUGAUGUUGCGAUUGCAAUAGCCGGCAUUCCUGAGAUGGUACCAGAAUUUCGACAGGGUGGAGCACCGGAUGGUGUGGAAGAUGUAUUUCAGGAUGAGGAUGAUGAUGAUGUGGACUCCACCACAAUCGCCGAUGAUAGCGAUGAUGAGUUAGCAAGGAGUACUCCAACUGAGGGUAGUGGAGCGAUUAUUUCAGGAACUCCGCAGUACCUCCCGCACUUUUCAACUUUGGAAUUGGAUGCCGUGAGACAGCAGGGGUUUCAGGAUAAAGAGGAGGUCGUACAGAGUGUGAAGACUUAUAGCAUCCGACGUGGGGUCGAGUAUAAAGUGUUGGAAUCCGAUUAUCACAAGUACCAUGGAAAGUGUAAAGAAUUUGGCAACGGGUGCACACGGUUGAUUCGUAUUAGUCUCCGCCAGUGCAGAGGUAUUUCGGAGGUAAAACGAGCCGAUGCUACCGUGUCGAUCAAGUUACUGCAGAAUGCGACAGAGGCCUAUUUUGGUUUUAGACCGACUUACAGGAGUGUUUGGAUGGCUAAGCAGAAGGUCAUGACUUAG